AUGGCUGAGGCCAGCAGCAGCGACAGCGACAAUGAGAGUAGCAGCGGCGCCAGCAGCAGCGGUGACGUCCAGUUGACGCCCUGUGCUUGCGACGACGACGACUCGGAUUCUGACCGCCACGAGGACGACAUGUCCACAAACUUUUACAGUGGCGGAGCUCGCCUGACUGGCGAUCGUAGUAAUGGCAUCCGCUUCUCCAUCUCGGACCUCUCAGCCAGCAUGUGUCGCAUUCUGCCCACCGUCCUCAUGUACCGGUCCGGGCUCUCCCUGUACGAUGCCCAGUUCGAUCCCGAGACGGGCACCAAGAUCCCCAUACCGGGCCGCACCAUUCGUCGUGUGUGCUCGCUCUUGCGCCGCUUCCUCGUCGUGUGCAACGAUUUUGGCGUCAAGAAGGACAAGAUCCAUCUCGUCGCCACCGAAGCCACACGUGCCGCCGAAAACUCGGCUGAGCUCCUGGCCGCUGUCAAGUCGGAAACCGGCCUCGACAUUGAGCUGCUCAAGAAGGAAGACGAGGGCCACAUUGGCGCACUUGGGGUCGCCAGCGGCUUCCUCGCCAUGGAUGGCCUUGUCAUGGACCUCGGUGGCGGCAGUACCCAGAUCACUUGGAUCAUCAGCCGCGAGGGAAACGUCCGUAUCAGCCCCCGGGGCAGCUUCAGUUUUCCCUACGGCGCCGCCGCCUUGACGAAGAAGCUUGACGACCUCCAGAGGGACAAGGAUAAGGACGAAGCUCGCCGCGCUGUCGAGGACUUUCGUCAGGAGAUGGUCGCCAACUUUCGCGACGCCUUCUCCGGCCUAGAAGUGCCCGACGACCUCAUCGAGCGCGCUCGUCGUGACGGUGGCUUCCGCAUCUAUCUUUCCGGCGGCGGUUUCCGUGGCUGGGGUUACCUGCUGUUGCACCUCAACCAAUCCCACGGCCACCACUAUCCCAUCUCUAUCAUCAACGGCUACACCGUCGGUCGCGAGCAGUUUCAGGACACGGAGACGCUCAAGGAGGUGGCGCGGGCUGCCAAGGCCGUCUUUCGCGUGUCUGAUCGCCGCCGCGCGCAGGUCCCCGCCGUAGCCUUUCUCGUCAAUGUCGUCGCCGAGGCCAUCCCUUACGGCGGCAUUCGCGAGGCUCAUUUCUGUCAGGGCGGUGUCCGCGAGGGCUAUCUAUUUGCGCAGCUCCCCGUUUCGGUCCGCCGCAAGGCGCCCCUCGAGGUCGCGACGCAGCAGUUCGCCCCGGGCUCCCGGCGCCAACUGCAAAAGAUGCUCGAGCACGCCAUUCCCGAGCCGUCCAAGACGGACGCCAGCCGGCGCUUCCCACCAGAGUUUGGGAAUCAUGUACUCGACUCGUUCACCAAUGUCAUGUAUUUCCACAUGUUCAUGUCCAAGGAGACGGCCUCGACAGCGGCGCUCUACGCGACGAGCACGGGCAUCAUGUCGUCGACGCACGGCGUGUCGCACCAGGACAGGGCGCGGCUGGCGCUCAUGCUCCAGGCGCGUUACCGAGGCGAGCUGCCGCCACGAGAAGUCGCCUUUCGCGAAGCGUUGCGCUCGACGCUGACGCCGGAAGAUGUCUGGUGGGCGCAGUAUCUGGGCCGCGUGGGCUACCUCAUCACCUGUCUCUACCCAGCCGGCAAGAUUGACCUUACGAAGCCAAGGGUGCUGUUCUCGGCCGAGUGGUCAGACCGGUUGGGCAAGUCGGAGGACAAGCCAGGGCUCGUGCUGACCAUCUCGCUGCAAAAGAAAAAGAAAGACGGCGCACAUUACAAGGAGGCGCUCAAGGACAACCUCAAGGUCGUGGAGAAGGCAGGCAAGAAGAAGAACUGGGCGGGGAAGAAGAAGAGGAAGAAGGCGUGGGGCAUGAAGGUCAGGGUCAGGGUCGUACGAGAGGGUAUUCUGGAGAUGUCAGAGGAUGAGGAGGAUCAGUAG